AUGACCAAAUAUUUGGGUCAGAUGGAAAGACUAACGAAAUGCAAUCGGUUCUCGGCGGAUUUAUUUGGAGUAGAUUCUGGGACUCGAACGGUUCCAAUUCUCUGUACUGUUUCAGAAAAAUCAAUCGUGUCUAAUACUUCUUCGAAAGACUUCUGUUCAAACGUCUGGGAUGCAUGCAAAGCUGAACCUAUAAUAAACUCUCCGUUUGUGCCUUCACUACAAAGUAGAACUAAAGUUCCUGUUAGUUCUACACCUUCCGUACUAGCAGAUACAUGCCAUUCAAAGAGUGAUUUCUGUAGAUUAUUUGGCGGAACUGCAGAAGAUAAAUUAGUAUGUUUCAAUGGGACAUCGACUUUGCUACACAAUACCGAGAAUCCCCAGCCACCAAGUAGCAUUUGCCUUGAGCAACUCACUAAUGGUCCUUACCUUUAUAUGGAUGCUCAUCCCGAUGGAUCCAACCGUGUUUUCUUGGCGAGCCAACAAGGUAAGAUAUGGUUGGCAACUGUUCCCGAAGAGGGAAAUGGAGAAGAAAUGGUGAUAGAUGAAACAAAUCUAUUUGUAGACUUAACUGACACUGUACACGUGGAUACUGAGUUUGGGUUGCUGAGUGUGGCAUUUCAUCCAAGAUUUGUACACAAUGGACGCUUCUUUGCUUCUUAUAUUUGUGACGGGGAUCAAUGGUCUGGAUGUUCAGGAAGGUGCGCAUGUAACACAGAUGUUAACUGUGAUCCUUCAAAGCUUCCUCCUGUUUUCGGAUCUCGGGCAUGCCGGUUUCAUGUUACAGUAUCAGAGUUUACAGCUAACAGUAGCGCAUCUGAUCCAGCUUCGGCAACAAGAGGCAAUCCAUCCGAAGUGAGAAGGAUAUUCACGAUGGGCAUUGCAUACAAAAAUGCUAUUGCAAGCCAACUUCUCUUUGGUCCCGACAGGUAUUUAUACUUCCUGACGGGAGAUGGCGAAACUGAACUCGAUCCCUACAAUCAUGCCAAAAACAAGAAAUCCAUGCUCGGCAAACUUUUGAGGCUUGAUGUUGAUAACAUUCCAAGUGCAAUAGAACUAAGCAAACGUAGUGCAUGGGGAAAUUACUCUACCCCGAGUGACAAUCCAUAUUUUAUGACAAGGGAUCACUGCCUUAAAUUUGGGCUUUGGGACUACGAAACCCUUGGCGCUGUAGUUUUGAUUCAGAGAGGCCAUCUUACUUUCUUUGUGUAG